UGCACAGAACAGCUCACUCUCUCCCUGUCAGCUAACACAAGUUGAUGCAACCAUGUCAACCACAAAAGGCCCUGUGAUACUCACUGCAGCCUUCUGGCUUUUAUCAGGUGUACUUGGUGAGGGCCCCUACAGCGUGAUGUAUUCCUCUAGCAGCAUUUGUGGUUUGAAGGGGUCAUUUGUGGACAUUCCCUGCACUUACUCGUAUCCAAGUGGUAAACAAGUCAGAGAGGCAUACUGGUUCAUCAAAUGGAGGCAGGGGAGAGAACCGGAUUAUUUGAAUCAGGAUUCCAGAUAUCAGGGGCGUGUGGAAUAUCUGGGUGAUAAAGUGAGCGACUGCACCCUACGAAUCAAGGACCUGAGAGAGACAGACAUUGACGAAAAGUACAGAUUUAGGUGUAUAAUUAAUGUAUAUAAGGAAAAAUUUGCUGGAUCUGAGGUCUCUCUGACACUUACAGAUCUUCGUGUAACAUCAAGUCCAGUAUCAGUGAGGAUGCAUGAUAGUCUGACACUGACCUGCAGCACCACCUGCAGUCUGAGUAACAAGCCCACCUACAUCUGGUACAGGAACUCACAGCCUCUGAGUAACACACACACAACAAGCAGCCACAUCAUGUCCAUAGCCUCAUUUAGCAAAGAGGAUGCUGGUAGUUACUCCUGUGCUGUAAGAGGACAUGAGGAUCACCCAUCACCGUCUGUGUGUCUGAGUGGCUGGAGUGUGACCUACACCACACAGAGCAUCUGUGCAUUGAAGGGCUCCUCAGUGGAACUCCACAGCUAUUACACCUACCCUUGUGAUCAUACAGUCAUGAAGGCAUUCUGGUAUAUCACAGGACAUAAAGAUCUGAGAGAGGAUGAACACUAUCAGGGUCGUGUGGACUAUACUGGAAAUAACAGCAAUAACCACACUUUGACCAUAAGAAACCUGAACCUUGAUGAUGCAAAAACAUAUACCUUCAGAUUUGUAACUGAUAAAGAAGUAAAGUUUUCGAAUGGAUAUCUUAGACUCUUAGUUACAGAACUGCAAGUGUUGGUUAAUCCUGACACUGUAAAAGAGGGAGAUGAAGUGACUCUGACCUGCAACACCACCUGCAGUCUGAGUACCAACCCCACCUACAUCUGGUACAAGAACUCACAGCCCAUUGAUAAUCCACACACAGCUGACAACAGGCUGUACAUACACUCAGCCAGCCCUGAAGAUGCAGGCAAAUACUCCUGUGCUGUUAAGGGACAAGAGAUCCACAGUUCACCUGAAAUGACUCAGGAUAUCAGAUAUGCUCCAAGAAACACCUCAGCAUCACUCAGUCCCUCUGGUGACCUUCAUGAGGGUGACUCAGUGACUCUGACCUGCAGCAGUGAUGCCAACCCACCAGUGCACACCUACACCUGGUACAGGAAGACCGGAGAUGAAACAGUUCUUCAGGACACAGGGAGGAUGCUGAGCUUCUCUCUUAACCUUGUCACUGAUGUGGACGAACUUUAUCACUGUGAGGCGCAAAAUGAGGUCGGCUCAGAGAACUCAACCGGAGUCAGGGUCUCCUUGCCAGGUCCUGGCUUGCCCAAAGCAAUCCUGUUUAGUGCUUUGGUGGGCAUCUUGGUUAUAGCUCUGUUGUCGGUGGCCAUUGUAUGCUGGAGGAGACAGGAGACUCAAUCAACAAAAACCUCAAUGAGAAUUCACAGCAACACACAGGGACACUCUGAUCCUGUCUAUGGAAACAUCUCCACAAUCCCCUUGGCCUCUGGCUGUGGACAGAGAGUCCCUGCAGAUCACAAAGAUGAUGAAGACGACAUCCAGUACGCCAGUGUCCAGUUCAAACCCAACAAACAGUGGGAGGUGCCCAGCCAAGAGGAGGACGUCCAGUACGCCAGCGUCCAGUUCAAGAAAUCAAGACCAGAGUCCAACAUCCCUGAGCCGCCUCUGUCUGACACAUCACAGGAGGAGACCCAGUAUUCCUUACUGACUCUACAGGGACUCAGUGCUGCCACCCAAACAGGGGCUGAAUCGGUGAUCUACAGCAACGUCAAUACAAAUGCCAAACCAUAACACCACGGUUUGAGGAAGAAGCCCAAACUAGAACAAGAACAAGAGACUACGGCCUGAUAUCAAGAUUGUGUGAUGAUUAGUGAGGUGUGCAGUGAUGUGUGUAGUUAUAUUGAUGUAUUAUUUGACACACCGUAUUUUCUUAUUUAUUUUUUAACUCUGGGGAGAACUUUAUAAUCCUAUCAAUUAACCAAGGUUUAUCCAUUGAUUGUGCAAACAUUUCCUCUGUUUUGAGGUUAGUACAUAACUAGUUCUAAUCGACUGGAAAUGUGACAAACAUGCUUGGACAAAGACCCAUGGUUAUCUUGUCCCCACACAUAGUAUGGGGAUGGUAAGAGAGGCAAAACAAAUCUAUAAGAACCACUGUUGGAGAAUUAAAGAAAAUUGUAUCAUCUUUGGGGUCACCAAGUCCCUCAAAAAUCUUCAAAAAUGACCUCAGUGGUAAUAAAUUAUUUUAGAGGACAUGACAGAUAAAAGUAUUUGCUGUGAUUUAAUUACAAAUGUAAAAGCAAGCAAGUUUUUUAAAUCUGUGAUUAGUGUGUGGCCUGUAGGAUUUUAAUAGGAGGAUGAGGAUCAUGCAUUUAUACUCUGCAUUGUAACCACUUACCAAACUGCCUUCUACGUCUGCCUUACUAGCAUCAUACAUCUAGGCUAACUACUAACUAGUGUAGCUUCCUCUAGUCCCAAACACUCAGCCCAAAACCCAAAACCUUAUGCAUGUAUGAACACAUUGAAGGAAAGGUUAUGCAGAUGACCUUAUAUUUUCCUCCAAAAUGGCUCUGUUGCCAGUGGGGCGAUGGCGGUGUGAAGAUAGACGUCAUGUUCCCAUGUUACUUAGAACAGUUCCAAUUUCCAAUUGAAAUGGAUGGAAUUACUGUAGUCCUUGCCAAGUACCUACAGUAUGGAGCGUGUCAGAGAGGGAGAGAGGGGUUCAGAGAGAGAGGGAGAGAGAGAUUUCUUCUUUCCUUUGUUCCUUUUCCAUGGUGGGAGACUGUCAAUGUAGAAAGUGGUACCGAUGGUACCGGAUAUAUAUGAUGUUAUAUUUGCACGUCACUGAAACCAUCUGAAACUUCACUAAUUUCUCACACACCAGGAUGAAAUUAAUAAAAUGAACUCUG